CAAAGAAAGAAGAUAUAUAUUCCCCCAACGUUGUUCAUUUCAAAUUCACAUCGAUCACAUUUUCGACGCCGACAUUCGAAUGUUCCGUGAAACACACACGUUCUUGUUACUAAUUAUACGGAGAUUACCACAUUAUCAUUUCUACCAAAUAAUAUUCAUUUGGGAUCAUACAAUUGAUCAUCACAAUAUGGCUUUAAAUCAUCAAGAACAUGAAAUACCAACUUUCAAGUGUGUCCUUGUUGGUGAUGGUGGUACUGGAAAGACAACUUUUGUCAAACGCCAUUUAACCGGUGAAUUUGAAAAGAAAUAUGUUGCAACGUUAGGAGUUGAGGUUCAUCCAUUGAUAUUUCACACAAAUAGAGGUCCAAUAAGAUUCAACGUAUGGGAUACGGCUGGUCAAGAAAAAUUUGGCGGUUUGCGAGAUGGUUAUUACAUUCAAGGACAAUGUGCUGUAAUAAUGUUUGAUGUUACGUCUAGGGUGACGUAUAAGAAUGUACCUAACUGGCACAGAGAUUUGGUUAGAGUUUGCGAAAAUAUACCAAUUGUAUUGUGUGGUAACAAGGUUGAUAUUAAGGAUAGAAAAGUCAAGGCUAAAAGCAUCGUCUUCCAUAGGAAGAAGAAUUUACAGUAUUAUGAUAUCAGUGCAAAGAGCAAUUACAAUUUUGAGAAACCAUUUUUGUGGUUGGCACGUAAAUUGAUUGGAGAUCCAAAUCUUGAAUUUGUCGCAAUGCCUGCAUUACUUCCGCCAGAAGUUACAAUGGAUCCACAAUGGCAACAACAAAUUGAAAAGGAUCUUAAGGAAGCGCAAGAAACGGCAUUGCCAGAGGACGAUGAGGAUCUUUAGGUUAUUUAACACUGUGUGCUUGGUUCCGAUGGAAGAGAAAGAUUUUUGCUAAGUGGUGGUACCCUUUUCGGGGGUGUACCUACUACUACUAUCCAACAGCAGCUUGGGCGUUUUACAUAAUAUGAAGAUAUUCUUCAAUGAAAAAAUUACUUUAAAUAAUGGAUAAUCUUCUGCAU